AUGAUAAGGAAGGAGUCCAAUAUAUACGAGAAGCUGGACCGGAUAGUGUGCGAUGUGUUGCGAAACAUAGAUGCAGAGGCUAAAGGGGUAGGUGAAGAGGCACACGAUAAGGGGAGUACAAAUUAUGCGGAUGAAAAAAACACAAACGAACGGGUGUAUAAAAAAUUCUUCGAACUCUUUAACAAGGAGAGUUACUUAGAAAAGCUAACACAUGACGAAUUAGUAGCAGCAUAUAGAGACAAAAAUGCACACAAGUACCUAUUUUACAUGUUCGAAUGUUUACUUAAUAAAAUCACCCAAACGAGGAAUGUAAGACACCUAGAUUUUUUAUUUCUCAUACUUAGAUACAUUACGUAUCUGUGGUUUCUUCUCUCCAACGAUGAUAAAGUAGUUUUAAUAUUCUACUACUAUUUCAAGUUCGUGGAUUUGUUGUUUAAUUUAAAAUUUGUGAGAUGCUCCUUUUUUGUGAAUAUUUACAAUUUGCUAAUAUAUUUUUAUAUGAAGGAUAAAAGGAAAAAAAAAAAAAUUGUCUUUCCAGUGAAAAAAUUAACCGAAAAGGAAGCAGGCUUCCACAUAAAAAAUGUCAUAACCGAAUUGAACAAAAUAAUUGCAAAUGAAAAUGCUCAUUUUGUUGAGUCUGUUGGGAAGGAAAAUAAAUCUGUGAAUGUCCAAGGUCAUACCCUGUCAUGUGGAAAUGCGGAAGAAGAUGCAUGUACACAUGCGGGUACGCAAAAUGUGUAUGAUUACCUAUGGGUUGGCUAUAAUCCAGGACAAAACCAGCCUCAGGAAAAGAAGCAUAAAAAUAAGCAUACGGAAAAAAUCAAGUCAGAUGGUACUGAGGAGGAGAAGUCAUUUUUCCUCAUAACAAAAUGUCAAAAUUGGAAUAAUGAAAGUUGUAACUUCCCCAUUUUUAGCAUUUUCUCAGUUAGUGCGUCGUACAAUCUCUUUCUAAACAUUACGAAGCAUUUGUUCAAAAUUAGUGUCUACGAUUUUGGCAUCUUUUUUCCCCUCCUAAGUACGCUUAACGUGGAAUUUCUACUUUCUCAUUUUCACCUUUUUGAAAUUUUGCACUAUGUCCAACUGGAGGAGGUGAACACGGACAUACGUGACUCCAAAAAGGAAACAAAAAUUGUGUCAAUUAGUUCGAGCCAAUCUACACCUUACAAAGCGAAUGAACAAGUCACCACGGAACAGAAGAAACAUCUUGCAAACAACGAAGGGAUCUUUUCAAAUAAUAAUAAGAGUUACAAAAAAAUUUUGUGGAAUAUCCUUUUUGAAGAGCUAAAAAAGGUAUACAUUGUAGACACGAAAAAUGUGAAUUAUACAUUAAAAAUGUUAAAGUACUCUUUUAGCUUUUUUCUGUUUGAAGAAAAAUUUGCACUAAAAGGUAAGGAUUGCGGAACUCCCGUGACAAAUAAAAAAGAACACACGUUCGCGCACAUUUCGCAAAUAUAUUUAAAAGAGUUACUAAAAUUUAGUCUCUCCUUUGUGAAUAGUUUAAUGAGCUCAAGAACGCUAAAUGAGGAAGUCAUCUUUAAGGCCAUUUCGUACGUGUUUUAUUUGCUCUCCAAAUUGAUAUGCAACACGAGUAAUAAUUUAAGAAAAUGCAUUCUGCUCAAUAACGAUAAUAAUCUUACCCUCGUUGCGUUAAUUACGUAUAUUUAUAAAUAUUUCAAAAGGGUUUACCUGGAGAAGGAUGUAACAGGUGAUGUGCAAAAGGGUGGUAACCGUACCUCUGUUGGAAGUGGUGAAGGUCAAAAUAAAUUGAAAUACACAUUUGUGACGCUCGAAAAAGUGUACCAAAAAAUUCAAGAAUGCUUGUACAUAGUUCUAACCGUUGACGAAUUUGUUGAAGGGAAUGUCAAAAAAAAGUUAGCGCAAUGUAGUGAUGGAGCGAUGUCCCAUUCUGAUGGGCGCCACGACGAAAGACAAAAUGCAGAUUGCUGCGACUUGUACUUUUGUAUCAUUAUCAAGAUCAACAAAAUGAACAUGUUUUAUUCUAAUUUGGAAAUUAUAAAAAUGCUGUCACAGAAGGAUAGGAACGUGUUCAGAAAAUAUAUAUACACCAUUAACAAGAACAAUGAAAAUUUUGGCUCUUUUUUUUCGUGUCUACUAAAUAUUGACUAUAAGGAAAAUCAGCAUGAUACGCUUUUAAAGAAGUACAUCUCCAAUUUGAAGGAAAAAAAAAAUUAUAAAAAUAAAAAGUUAAUCAAGCUAAUGAAGCCUUACCAUUCUCCACUGAAGUACAUAAUUUUGAAAAAUGAAAUUGACCAAGAUGGGGCAAAAAAAAGUUCCGCAAGGAAAAGCACCCUGGCAGUCAAUUUUUCACACACGGAUUACAAUAUUCAUACUUUUGGGGAUGAUAAGCGGAAGGUUACUGACCUGCGAGCCAAAAGGAAGAGCAUGUACGAGUUUGGGAGAGGUGAAAAGGGAAGUGAUCAUUCCAGGCCUCUCCAAAAUGACGACGGGAUGGAUGGCGAUUCAGCAGAUGACAUAACAACCGAUGAAACCUCAUCCGACGAUGACCCCACCGAUAAAGACUCAGCCGAUUGUGACGAGACAGAACCUAUGGACAGCCCCCUAAGCUGCCCACGCAGCUGCCCUAAGGACUACUUUUCCGACGGGCUGAAGCGCGUGGAUGCCUCCCAUUCCCACCCAAAGGUGAAAAAAAAAGACAUGCCGAUAUUUGAGAAUUCCACCCUUCGAAUCAGGAAGAAGCAACUGGACGGAACCAACAUCGAUUUUAAAAACGUGUGCCACAGUAUCACUCUUACCAUUAAAAGGUGCAUACUAAUCUCAGAGAGUAUUAUUACCUAUUUUAAAACUCACCAAGGGUUUGAAGCUAACUUUAACAUUUACGUGUGCAAAAAUAUAUUUAUUAAUUUUUUAAGAGUUUGCCUUUUGUGUGGCAGUCUCUUUUCGUACCUCUGCGUUAAGCUUAACUAUGAGGAGAUGCUGAAGCAAAUGUACGACUCAAAUUUGAUCAUAAUGUCGUAUAACAUAUUUGACAAAUAUAUCAGUUUCGUGUUGGACCAAGACGUCAAACGGUUGCGGAAGUACAAGAAUGUGUUGCAGGUGUCUACCAGGCGGUUGAAUAGGGGGGCCACCUCUUCGGUGAAUGCAUCAACCUCGGUGAAUGAACAGAAGGAAGCCUUUUCCACUGUUACAGCCUACACGCAGCUGCACCGGGAUGACAUAUACGACGUGCUGGGCGAUCGGGGGAACCAACGUGGGAACACCUUCUUCCUGUCGGACCAAGACGAAUUCAUCGAGACGCUUUACCUCAACACGUUCAUGAUUGUGAUAAACAUCAUUUCGGUGUGGGAAAUGUACCUAGAAAUUCCUGUAGAAGUUCUGAACAAAAUGAAGUACACGUUUUUCGAGCUAUUCUACAACACAACAAUUAAGGUCAUAAAGUUUAUAAAAAAGGAUAAGGGGUUUUUCUUCCUACUUAACAUUUUAAAGUUCAUUUAUCUGAAAUUUGUCAGUCUUCCUUUUAAUCCAAUAAACAUACACACUACUAUAAAGCUGCAUGACUUUUACGAAUUUCUCAUUAAUGAUGGUGACGAAGAUGUGAAGAAAGAGGAGGAGCAAAAAUUUAAUAGUGAAAAUAUGUACCUAAAUUCGAUUAGCCCCCUGAAAUUUUUGAAUAACCCAGAGAAUGAUGCACAGAGGGAAAACCGUACCAGUGUACCAAAAUUAAACCUUUGCUGUGAUGACCGUGUAUUGUCAAAAGAGCAUGAUUACAAUGUGCUUAGUGUAAAUAAAAAGAAGAGAGUAAGCAUGGGCGGUUUAGUUCCCAUCUUUUUAAAUAACAGCAGCAGGAAGAGGAGAAGGACGAACAUUGACCCGUACACCUCAUAUGACAGCUUUGAAAAUAACGAUAACGGUUCAUACAGCACGGUGAGGAAUGGCGUUCCUACGGGGAAUGCACAAAUGGGUGAUAAAACAAGCGCCAGGGUAAAGUACGAUUUGCGGGAAGGACAAUACGAAAGUGAAAAUGUCCACGUCAAUGAUAAUAUCAAUGACAAUGUCAAUGUGACACCGAAACGUAAUUAUGACCAUGCACAACCAGAGGAACAGGAAGAAAGCGACCCUUUUAGAAACACCUACCUGAGCAACUACUACAUCCCACACAUCGAUCUGCUAUUCAUCAUUCUCGAUUUGGAAGUCUUUUACUACUUUGAAAAAAAGGAGUAUAAGAAAAUAAUCAUUUCCGUGGAAAACACCUUCAAAAGCAUUAUCGGUAAAUGUGACUAUAACACGAAGGAGUAUUUACGGUCGUCCAUUUCGUACAUUUACAACUGCUACCAACAAGUGCAUCUCCAGGACAACAAAAUUAACAUCCAAAGUUGCAUCGUCAUUAGACACAUAUUUAACCUUUACAUAAAAUCUAAGGUGUUCUAUUUAUGCAAAAAAAUUAAAAAAAAAUUAGCACACUACAAGGAUAGCUACACCAAUGAUGGGGUGCUAAAAACGGGUUAUAACAAAAUUUAUAACGGCCUCUUCAGCAGCGAAAAGUGGAAGAACUUUUUUUACAUCCACUAUGAUAGUGACAAUCUAGGACGAAACAAAAGGGUCAAAAUUAUAAACAGUCUGCUGAUCGUACAUAUAAACACUUUGCUUUUCUUGAUAUUUUAUGAAUACCUAUCCAAGUAUGUGACUAAAAAGUUCUUAUUUUUCUUCCGAUUUUUCGUAUUUUUUUUUAACAAAUUGUGUGUUGCCAUUCUAAGUUUGGUGAAUUCGUCAAACCAUCUGGAAAUUUUUAACCUUUUCGAUUGGCGAAAUGUUGGCCAAGCAAAUCAUUCAGAGGAAGAACUGGCUGUGAAAAUAAGGAAUGCCAUUCGCCUCGUUCAAAACUGCUCCACACCCCCACAGGAUGAGGAAAUAUCUCCCUACAAAAUUUACACCAACGGGAGAAGCAAGCCAAUUGUCAUGAUCGACAUUGAUGAGCUGCUAGUCACCUACAUCCAGCUAAAUUUUACCUUCUGCAGAUCGUGCUGCUUUUUCAUUUUCUUCAAAAAUGUCUGCUCGCAAAAGUAUGAAAUAAUUUUGAGGGAGAAUUUCACUAGUAACUAUUUUGAGCGGUUUAAAAAGAAUCGGGAUUUGUUCGACCCCAUCGAUGCUGUAAAGGAGAACGCUGGGAAAAAUGACAAUGAGUGGGGGGAAAGCCACACCGCAGAAGAAUUAAGCCCCUAUGGGGAACCAACACUAAAUGACUCCUUUGACGAAGAAUCGGAUGAAAAUUGCAGAAGCGAUUCGAGCAGCUCAGGUCUUUCCCAGUCCAGCUUCACCCUCAUAGAGUACACAGACUAUUCCAAAAAUGUAGAUUAUAUUUUCCUAGAAUUUGUUUUAGAAAAAAUAGAAGAAAUGGACGUGGAUUAUUAUUACAGGAAUGUACUGAACAAUUGUUACUACGUGAUCAAAAUAGAAACACUCUAUAAUUACAUAUACAAGAAUGAGCAGCUGCUAUGCAGAUUUGCUUUCCUAAAUAAUGUGUAUUAUCUGUACAAGGUGUAUUAUCACAUGUUUGUCUGGUCUUCGAAUAAAAGCCAUCCCAUGGGUAAGAAUAACAUCGCUGUGGAAGGAAUUAAGGGAGAGGAAAAUUUAUCCAACCUGUACAAUGACAUCUUCUACAUCUUCGACGUGAACCGCAUUUUGGGGGAAACCUUCUCCAGCAGGUAUGUGCAGCUGGUCGAUCAGGCCAAUACCUCCGAUUUUACCCCUACUGGAACACCUGAUAAAAUUGGCAGAAUUCCCCCCUACGGCUGCGUAAAUGAUUAUCGCCCAACUCAGCGCAGAAGCAUCGAAGAAUCGCCCUACUUCCUUUGCAACAUUUACAACUUCAAAUUGAAGUUGUUCCACCCGCUAAAUUUUGAAAAAAGAGACUUGCCCAAAGGAAGGGAAAGAAACCCAUUCGAUAACUUUCUAAUGGUUAACAAAAAUUAUUUACUGGACUUGAAGCACAAGCAUGAAAAAGUGAACAAGUACAUAAAUAACUACAUGGUGUAUCUGUACCAUGUAGUUCUUCGCUUUUAUUACAAUGAAAAUGGCAUAGACAGGGAGAAAUUAUCCUUUCACCAUAUUGUGUACUUAUUUCAAAGUGCCUUUGACACGUUUAACAGGAAAAUAUGCGGCAAUCGUCAUGACACGGUGUGCUCUCCCUUUGUCCAGGGGGUUGGCAAAGAUAAGGGCACCCCUCCAAAUGUCUCACCUGUCAAUAUCAUUGCAAAAUGUGAUUUAAAAAAAAACAUUCUUCUCAUUUUCGACAUUUUAAAUAACAUAUAUGAUGUAUACCAUGGUAACAUUUUUGAAAAUUCCAAUUGGGCGGACUCCACCGUAACACAAAUCGACACAAAGCUUAUCGGCUAUCUCAGCGAAAUGUACAAAAUAGCCUAUCUGUACAAAAUGUAUCAUUGCUGCUUGUUAAUUUUGGUACUCUGCCUCAUGUUUACGUCGAGGUUUUGGCUAGUUUAUGUGUUUAACGAGAAGCACGAAUAUGGACAGCAUGGCGAAUAUUGCCAACCUGCCACUAGGGGGAAACGAAAGAUUGGGAGAAAGCCAAACGAGAGGAGCGUAGACAAAGACACACUCCUUCGAAAUGGUACAAACCUCGGACGUGGUGCGGGCAGGAGGGGAAAAUCCAAAGACAGGGCUUAUGACACAAAUGAAGAAAUGACAGAAAGCAACAAACGAAGGAGAGCAUAUAUACUAACCGGAAUUUAUGACAAAAUAGCGUCUAAAAGGAAUGAAGAUAACGUGAAGGAGACAUACAAUGAUUUGCACAACUAUAUGCAGAUGCUAAUCGUUUGUACUUCGAUAUUUUAUCUCUCAUUUUUAUGUAUAGAAAAGAUACAGACAAAUUUGCAAAAUAUUUAUUUUCUUAAUUGCGGUAAUAGUUUGUAUAAUUGCUACGUCCAUUUUUAUGGGUAUGUGGAGAAGUUUUGCAAGGAGCACUGCGAGGAUAAACUCUACGCAUCUUCCUUUUUCUUCGACACUUUCCACUUAGACCUCAUAAACUUAAAACUCCAGGCUUACGCAAAAGCAGGAAGGUAUAAAAGCGAAAUGAGAAAAAUGAAGAAAGCGUUAGGCGAAUCCACCAGGAGGGUGGGCGCAGAGCCCCACGGUGCGGUCACUACUAUGUCACGUGACGAGCAUAGCGGAGAAAGCAGAGGAAGCACCAGGGAUAACACGCAGGUAGAUCUAUUCUCCAAAUUUCCAUAUCUGCUUUACUAUAACGAACGUGCGGCAACAGAAUGCAUGUCCGACCUAAGGAUAACGGAGAAGAAAUACCAAAGCGAUGGUAAACACUUUUUCAAAAAUAAUAUUUGCCUAUAUUUUAAUAUGGUAAGAUAUUUGUACAAAAAGGGAAGCAAGUACACCGGUUUGCUGCCAUUUGUCAAUUCGUAUAUCAUCUCAAUAGUAACGCUGAUGAAAUUUACCAUGGGGAAGUAUUUUUCCAAUUUUAAUGUGUCCUCCGAUUUCUUUUCUCUAAAAUUUGAAUAUCCAAUAAAGCAAUUCGACAUGGACAUGUUCACAAAGGUAAAAAAAACGGAAGACGAAAAGGAAAAUAUCAAGUUAACUAACAAGGCUAUUUUGAUGAACCUGGAAAAUCUCUACUGUAAUAUGUUCCUAAAUAAGGACAUGUGUUACCAAAUAAAAUUCGUUUAUACAUACUACAAAAAAAUUUCCAGCAUUAUGUACAAAAUGAAUAAUUUUUUACUCAGUUAUUAUUAUUUGAAAAAAAACAUUCUGUUCAUAUGCGAUUUGGUUUACUUGCCCGAAAUUGUUCACGACUAUUUGCUCCUGAUGAAUAUAAUUUUAAAAAGUGGAAGAGAAAGAAUCGAGUUGCUAACCCAAGAGGAGAUUUUCUUUGAGAACUUAAACAACCAAUUGAGUAUUUUUUAUAAAAAAAAUUUGGACCAAGAGACAGACACGAAUUAUGCAAAGGAUAAAACAGUCAAAGAUGUAAACGAUUUUAAAAUUUAUGAAGACAGCGAUUUUUGUAAUAUUGAUUAUGUAAAAACGCCGCUUAAUACUUACUUAACGAAGAGGCAUAUUUAUGAGUACAGAAAUAUGUUGACUCAGUUUUUGGACUACUUAACCUUUUUGAUGAAAAAUCCUGACCAUUUUCGUAUACUGUCGACGAAGCGUAGAAGGGAGGUACUCCACAUGUUGUGUCUAAUCCUUUUUACGAAGAAGAGAAUGAGUUACUUUUGCAGCAGCAAGGCCCGUCCGAAAAAAUCAAAGGGGGUGCCUACAAAGGGAAAAGGAAACUGCUGCGACGAUGGAAGUGCACAACUAUCAGGGGAAGAUUCCACAAACAAGAAAAACGAAAAUAGGAGCGAUCACGAUGUGGUGACACCCGAGAAUGUUACGAAAGGAAAUCAUGGCAAUCAAAAAAUGAAAAAUUUUGAAAAAAACUUUUUAACAUGCUUCAACAACUGUAACGAAAAAAAAGAAGAAACGUUUUUUAACUUCUUCCUCGAAAAAUUAUUUAUCAUAAGUAACUUCGAUACAGACAUAUUCGACAUCGAGCUGGAUGAUGAAGGGCAAGUUGAGUCUCUCAUAAAAUCUCAAGUGUUACGUGAUGUAAGCAGUCUUAAUUUUGUCUCACCAGGAAGUGCCCCCUCGGACGAUUAUUUCCUAUCCCUGGGGAGUGAAAUUUCGAGUGAGCAAGAAAAGGCAGCCAAAAAUAGCAAAGGGGAGACAAAUCAGACUAACUGCAUAGAGGAAACAAUUCAUCAUGAGUGUCAUCGCAGCGCUGCUUCCCACCACUCUUUCAAGAUUAACGAUAUUUCAGUUCUGAAUUACCUAUAUUUGAAUUACAACUUUGAGCAAAACUUAACCUACACGGAAAAUUACAUUACUAAUAGGUUUUUUACACUUAACUGCAAAAAAAUGAAUGUCUAUUUUGUGAAAAUAUUGCUAUACUAUAUCAACUUGAUUUUUUUAAAAAUAAAAAAUAUUUUCUGUGAUGACUGCAUUUACACCAUAAAAAAGCAGCAGUUCCUUAACUCCUCAGCGAAUGAUUGCUCUAGGAACAUUUUCUUCUCCUUGUUCUUAAAACUUUUUCGUCUUUUCAAUUUUUCCAAGCAAACAUUGACUGAAUUAUGCGUCAAUUAUUUCCCCGGAAAUGAAAAUUAUGCCGCAUACCUAGAAGAACUAUCUCAGGGAAAGAAAAAUGGAGACCCCUCAACUGUGCAGGUGUACGCAAAUCAUGGAAGGCAAAUCACCGAAAACACAUACACACAUAAUGUGGAGGACAAACAAAACAGCUGUGAUGAUAAUGCAUCAAAUGGACUAGACAAAAUGUUGUUGAUUAAUUUUUUGGAAAUUUUUUUAUACCCACAUAAAAAUUGCAGCUUUUUGGAGGUGCUAACUGUGUGCUAUGAGUUCUUGGCAAACAUGAAAAAUGAUAAAUGGAAAAUAAUGAGGAAGAGAAACAAACACAAGAUGUACGCACUUUUAAAAGAGGCGGUUACCAAAUGGGGGGACCGAAGCAAUCCAUCUGUUUUUCUUUUCCAAACCGUCUUGGUGCUCCUAUCUCUGCUGCUCUAUUACACGUGCAAGAGAUCGCUCGUGCAUGAAAUGAGGAAAGUCGCCCAGUUUUUCCUAGACUUUGUGUUUUUUUUUAUAGAGAACAUAAAGAAUAAUUUGAUCAUACUGCAGAUAAUUGAGGCCUACGGGGGGGGGCACACAGAUGAACACACAAAUGGAAAAGCAGAUGAAAAAACAGAUGGAAAAACAGGUGAACGUACAGAUGGGCAUCCAUCUGCCAGGCAGACCCAAGUCAACCUGCUAAAAUUUUACUUCCGAAAACUGCUGUCCCUGCUAUACCUCUACACAGACGAGCUGAUAUUGUACACCAUAAAAAAUAAUAUAGACCAGGAAAUCAGCCAAAAAAAUUACUACAGGAAGCAUGCCCACGAAAAUUUAAAUAUAGAAACGAUUUCUAAUUAUGAAUACAUAGGUGAACCGAACUUGAGCGAAUUUUGCUUCUACUGGGAUUACGCAAUAGUGUCUAUGAGCCACGAUAAGAGUGACCUGUACAUUUCUCGCUGCUUUAAAAACUUUCUCUUUGUUCUAAUUCAAAUAAUAAAGGAGGAGGCAAAUAAUGCGGGGCGAUUGAGUGGGGAAAAUGAGGCUGCCACUAAGGGGAGGACAAAUUCUCGAGACAUUAGUAAGAAAAGGACAGAUUCCCCUAUUGAGGGAGAUAAGGAAUGUUUCAAUUUUUACCGAAAAAUAAAUAACCUUCUUAGCGUUCUAAAUGAUGAAGAUUUAUGCAAGCGGUUACUCAUUCAGGGGGGCUGUCUCCCCCUAAGUGACGACACAAUAAUGGGACACCUAAAUGAAAAUGUAAACCAUUGCACAGAUUAUGCACACGAAAUGUACGCUGCGAACAAGGGCAACUUUGACCACCAUUCGGAUGCAUACAAUGGAGCAGCGUCUAGUACUCCCGUCCUAUGUAGUACCAUGGAAUGCAAAAGUAAAGACCACGGGGGUGACGCGAUUAUCCGUGAAAGUGCCACACUAAACCCUGAUGAGCAUAGCAAAAUAGCAAUCCACGCAGGGGUUCAUCUUGAAAAUGAUAAAAUGGGACCUGAGCAGUUAUGCAACCCGCACACAGUAAAUAUUUUUUUCACAUCCAUGGGGAAAGGGGGAAUGGAGAAAAAUAACCAGCUUGGCGAAUCGAAUAAGACGAACAGAGCUAGGAGUAGCGAUUCCUCUGCAUCAGACUUGCCGAAUGGGAAAGACCAGCUAUCAAAGGAUAUUCAACUUGUGCGGUUCCUUUCCUGCUUGUACAAAAAUGCCGAUAGCUGCAUUGAAAGCAAAACGGGUGAAUAUUUCCACGUAGAAAAAAUACACCUAAAUAUUGAGAGGUUCCCAGUUAAGGAGAAAUGGAAUUACAUAAAAAAAUUAGAAAAAAUACUAAAGCAAUAUCAACAUAUGAUAAAAAUAAUGUGCGAAAUUUUACACGAAUCAAAGAAUGUGGAUCGGAAUAAAAGUAAUUUAAAAAUGUUCAUAGAUCUGUGGUGGAACAACAGAUACACGUUAGAGCAGCAUUUAAAGAUACUCAAUUUAGACAUCUCCAACAGUCUUGGGUUUUCCAUCCACAAAUUGAUGUCCAUUCCGUUAAUUUCUUUAAAUAUAAGAACCAAAAUAGUGCUAAACGGGAGUUCCAACUGGAAGGAGGACGAUCAGAAGGAAGUUUCUUCCAUCCGUAGUGAAAAGGACAACACACAGGUGAACAGCGCAUAUAACACCCUGUCAAUUGUAAAUAACCAGAAAUAUUAUUUGAGUACCAAUUUUGAUCUGUUCGUGGUGCUAUACUACUAUUCGAACAUGCGAAACAUCAUAACGUGGAUUAACAAAUGGGGGAGGUACUUUGUUCCUCCUAGAUACUGGGACAGUGCUCAUUUUAUCAACGUCCUCCUAAACUUAACUGUUUUUUCCAUCGUGUUGAAGAAUUGCAAUGUACAAAUUACGCAGUGUAAAAGAAAAUACUUAAGGUGGGGAGAUAUUUUGGGUAGUCACUCCAGUCAAAUGAGCAAAGAUGAGAGAGCCUUCAUCGGUAGCGUCAUCCCUGGAGACACAACGGAUGGAGUGAACUCCUUCUCAUCAUGUAACCUAAACAAGCAAACCAAUCAGAAUAGGGGAGCUGCCAAAAGUUUGAUCCCCAUUGACAAAAACGUCGUGACGUCCUAUUUGCCCUUCAUUAAUAAGGACAUCGAAACGAUUCUACUUUUGGAGGAGAGGAAAGGAAAAAAUAAAAGAAGAAAUACCACAUCAGAUCAACCAUAUUUACUUGAUAUAAACCCCCCAAAUGGAGGAAAAAAACGGAUGAUCGUUUCGAGUACCCCUCGAUGGAGUGUAAACAUUCAAGGGGGGGAAAGUCACAAUGACGAUUGCAAUGCUACGUAUAGGAGAACGCAGAGGGAGGAAGUAGAACAUGUGGAGGCCAUCUCAACUGUGGACAACAAGUACAGAAUUGUUAUACCCAAAGGGGAGAGUGAUUCUGCCUACCCAGACAACACCAACAGCAAGAACAAUACCAGUAGGAGCAACACGCACACUGAUGAGAAAAGAGGCAGGAGAAGAACUAUCAAUAUAAUCAGUGAACAAACGAACAACAGUAUAGACAGCUAUUGUGUGAACAACUAUUGUGUGGAUGGCCGCUCUGUUUACAAAAACGAAAAGCAAAGCAGAGAUCAGAAAAAGGUAAACUCAACAAUAUAUGGAUAUGUGAGCCCCCUAAAGGGAAAUAAUUUUGAGUACAUGAAGAAUCAAAACCAAAGUGACAUGCUGAAAAAGGAGGGGAAAAGGAAAAGAACUACAGUAGCAGGGACGUUAAAUUUGGAUCAUCUGAAAAAACAAGAUGAUGAUAAAGAAGAGAAAAAUAAAGAAAAUAUUUAUUUAAAAUAUUUGGAUUUAAAAAAAAAAUGCGAUAGAGGGGUACUGAAAUGCUCCUUCCUAAAGUUAAGGAUGUACUUGUAUAAUAUACUGAUAGAUAUUUUCGAAAAUAAUAAUAUUCAUCCCAAGAACAUUUUUAACCUUUUUAACAUUAUCAAUCAUUCGUUCCUUAUGGAUGUGAUCAAAUGCACCAUGGUGGAUGAUGAACUCGAUGGUGAACGAUUAACAUAUGUGAAAAAUGUGGAACAUAGGAGAAUCAGGAAAAACCCCGUCGUUGUGUAUAUACAUAAUAAUUUAAAUAGACUCCCCUUUGAAAAUUUGGAACCUUUAAAAGAUUCCUACAUCGUACGGGGAGUGCAGAAAACGGUCACUGGGUAUUUGUACGAAAGGGUGUUGGCGAAGAUUAAAGUGGAAGAAGCCAAGAGGAAGAGGCUAUCCCUUUCGAGUGCACUUCCGGGGGAGAUGGACGCAGCGGCAGGGGAUAUAGAAGAAGGAGAAAUGGGGGCAGACCGAGGAACGCACCAAAACAGUGAAAAUCUCCAAAACGAUGACGAAUCGAACAGUAAUGACGACCAAAGUGACGAUUUUCGCGUGGAUGAGUACAUAAAGCAGGAAUACUCAAAAAAGUGGAAAAUUGAUCAUGUGAAAAAUGUGCCACAAAGCAUCAUAGAUCCUUGUACCACCUCCCAAUUGUGUAAUACAGAAGGGGAAAAUAAGAACGUUUCCAAAAAGAAAAGAAGAAGCUCCCUUUCGUAUAUAUUAACGCACCAUAUCGAGGUCUCCAAAAAUUCUGAAAAGAAUAACGAUAAUUACCACCAUGAGCUUAACACGUGUCAGGUAAAAGCGUUCAAUCGUUAUGAUGACCACGGCAAGACAACAUCCCAGGUGGAUCGCCACAACGUUUUGAAAGAACAACCGAGAGAUACGCUAACUCCAUAUGGGAAUGAAUCUCUCAGCAGCGCAAGACACGUUGACGCUAAUUAUGGCUCACGGAUAGUGCAGGCAAGGGGGAAGGGAAGAUACAGCUUGAUCGUUUCGAGGGAAGAGACAAAAGGUCAUCUCGAAAAGGGAGACAUUCCCAGUAAAACCAAUCCAAGUGAAAGCGCUCCGGAUAAAGGCACAAAACAGGUGCAUGUUAAGGGGCGAGGUAAGAAGAACUCACGCAAGAGUAUCUGCAUUGAGCACUCCUUCCUAAACCCCUUCAGUAAUAAUAAUAAUAAUAAUAGUAGUAGUAGUAAAAAGGGCCAAAUUGGCAUGCCAUUUAGCGAGGACCACUUUAAUGGUAGAAAUAGCUGCAGCCAAAAAGGGGAAAGAAAAACCCUACACAAUAGAUCAACAGAGCAGAAACACAAAUUGGGAUUAUCACAUUCUGCUAAAAGGAGAGGUAGCAUUAAAAGGAUGAAUCCUCGCUCGUCAUGCGCGUCUUCCCAUCCACCAUCCACCGAAUCUGAAUCCGAAUCGGAAUCUGUUUCAUCAGUGGAACUAAUCCAAAAUGAGGACGAACUGAGAAAAAUAUUCAUGAGUGCUAGAAAAUCGAUGAAUAUCCACAACAUGAUGGGUUCUUACAAAAACGAAGAAUACAGCUUUUUCUGUUUCAAGAAGAAAAGAAAAAAAAGUGUAAGUGAAUCAGAAGCUUACUUUGAUGACGAAAAAAAAUUUUCAAUUUCAUGCGUAGAAGACGUGAAAAAGGAUAAUAAAAGGAGAAGCUACUCGGCCGACCCGGAGCAUCAUUCAAAGGCGUCCAAAAUGAAAUACUUAAAGUACGUUCCUUACUACAUUAGGAGUGCCAGGUUAGUAGAUCCCAAAAAGAGUAACAUUUUUUUUGUGAUUAACCCUAAUGGGGAUUUAAAAAGAACGGAAGAUGCCACAUACCCUUUCAUUUAUUCUAAAAAUAAAGAAAAGUACAAAUAUAAAAAUUGGAAUGGCUAUUUUGGCAAAGUGCCAUGCGAAAAAACUCUGCUGAAACAUUUGUGCUGUGAUGACUUGUAUGUUUAUUGUGGUCACCAGGGGGGGGAGCAGUAUAUCAAAAAAGACAUAAUUCAAAAUGCCAUUCUGCGGUAUGACGACCCGUUGGGGGGAGGCCAAAAGGGAGAGGAGGAAAAACAGGGGAACUCCAAAAAAGCUCAAAAUCGAGAUGGCGGAAUCGCAAAACGUAGUAAAAACAAAGCGGGAAAUAAAGGAGAUCCCCUUUUUACUCAAAAAAAGGACAAAAAGAGAAGAAAUUCAUGCAAUUUUGAGGUAGAAAAACGUGUUGUGGACAAGGGGAUGAAGAGAAAAUCUGUUGGGGAUAUCAUUCACAUUCAUAGCACUAGUGACAGCAGCGAUGCUUUAUGCGCACAGACAGAAAUGGAAGAUGAUGGGAGUGACGUUGUUGGUGACGAUUUUGGUGAUGCCCAUUUUUCGGCUAACCCAAAUGAUGGCAUAAACUCGUGUGUUUUUUUAAUUGGGUGCAGUUCAGGGUUACUGUCCUCACAUGGUUUUGACUUAGACGUAUGGGGCACCCCCUACGACUACAUAGUAGGUGGGUGCGUUUUCGUUUUUGGGAAUUUAUGGAAUGUGACAGACGGAGAAGUGGACGGAUUUACACAAAACUUUUUCUGGAAAUGGACACAGCCAAAUUCUUCAUCCCUAUUUUGCUCCAACUAUAAUUAUAACGGUGUCCAAAUGGAAAACGUUUCAACAUUUUGCUUUCGCUUCUUCGCAAAAAUGUUAAGGGGGGUCUCACAAAUGGAUAUGCGCGAGGAACACACAGAACGGGGAAGCAACUCCUGGAGGGAUGACGAUAGUAACCAUAAUGGUGGCAGUGACGACCUUCUAAUCGAAGUGGGGGACAAUUUCGUCACGAUCGAUUUUGACACGUACACAUACUUCAAGAAGAAUUAUUUUUUUUAUAAAUAUUUCCAAAAAUGCUACAACGGCAACAUCGUUUUGAAUCAAAACCUUUUUAGUAUAAAUCAGAACCGGAAGUACUCCUGGCUUAGUAUGACAGAGGCUUUAGCGGAAGCCAAGCAAUUUUGUCGCUUACCAAAUACGACCGGUUCGGCCGUUGUUAUUUAUGGCCUACCUUUGUAG